UUGCACAAACGUAACGGUGCGAUUACGAAAGCGAUAGCGCAAAGAUGGUCGCGGUAACACACGGGUUGCUUACAAAUGACACUGACAGUCUGUCACCGGCGCGGCCCCAAGCGCACGUGUCUCUCCCUCCCAGCAAUCAUACGUGUUGCUAGCGAUAAUAUACUUAAAAGUAUUUUAUUAAAAUAUUUUUAUCAUACAUAGACGUGUAAAUAAACGGACCGGUGCUUAUAAAAUAUAUGUGAUUGUGACGUGACGUGAAAAUAGUUUGUGUUGUUAUCAACAACAAAAAUGUUAUUGUUUUUUGAAACAAAGAAUGUGUAGACCAAGGAGUGAUUCUCGAAUAAGCGGAUAAUAUUGAUAAGAUAAAAUAAUAUUUUAUCAGCUUCGUAGUUACGAAGUGCAGCGCAUGAGUGCGGUGCAAAAAUUGCGUCCUUCCUUUCUAUUUAAGUGCCUCAAACGACAUUUAAACGUACGCAGUAGUUUGUGAAUAUUCCCACUUGAUAGAUUAGUUGGAGAGCUUAAACUGACAUGUGUAUUAAAGAAAUUACCUCAAUGACAUAGUCGUACCAAUGAUACUGAUCAUGGGUGAGCGGUCUGACCUAGCAACUUCAGAGAACAGCGACGAGGAGAGCGGUGAGGCCUUCACUGAUGGUGAUUUUGAAGAUUCGGAUGAUGAGACGGUCAUCGAACGUAGUGCGACCAGUAAAACGUCAAAUAUCCCUCUCAAUGAAACUGUGAAUUCUGAUAUUAAAAUUGACAGUAUGAUUGAUGAAAUAGAUGACAGUUUAGAGGAACACAUCAACGGUCACAAGGAGAAGCUUAACAGUUCUGACGGUGAUGAUGAUAAAGAUAUAAAAAUAAGCAAUCAUAGCAACGGUGAUAAUUCAUUAGAAGAUUUGCAAGUAGAUUCGCAGAGCGAUAGCAAUGGGUCUAUCGUUGGAAUACUCGGAGAUCAACAAUGUCACGCGGAACAACGGCUGGCUGCUCGACGAGCGGCGCGGGCGGAGGCGCGAGAGAUACGGAUGAGGGAGCUCGAGCGACAGCAGCGCGAGCAGGAGGACCAUGCCGACAAGGCGUAUGACAUGUACGCAGGCGUAGUACUGCCUAUUACAGAGACAGUGGGCCGGCGGACGGGCGGCCGGCUAGCGGCCAUGAGUCCGAGCGUGCUGCACUCGCCGCGGCGGAGCUCGGAGGACUCGGACGAUGUGCUCAGUAUCAAAGACCUCAGGCAUGAGUUGAAGGAAGUUGAAGAAAAGUUUCGCAAGGCUAUGAUCUUGAACGCUCAGCUGGACAACGACAAGGCGGCGCUCGGCUACCAGCUCGAGCUACUCAAGGACCGGAUAGAGGAGCUGCAGGAGGAGUACGCGCAGCUACAGCGCGAACACAAAGAGAAGUGCUCGAGCCACGAGCGCCUGAAGCGCGAGCACGCGUCGCUGGAGCGCGAGGUGGUGCUGGCGCGGGACGCCGUGCGCGCGCGGGACGCGGCCGCGGCGGCGGCGGGACGCGCCUUCGUGGAGGCGGCCGCCGCGCCCGACGCACUCGCCGGCGAGCCCUGCGGCAGCGUCCCGCCGCUCGCGCUCGUGUCGCACCACUCGCAGCAGCUGCUCGACGACGCCGGCGAGGGCACGCUCGACGUGCGGCUGGAGCGGCUGGCGGGCGCGAAGGCGGCGCUGGAGGGCGAGGUGCGCAAGCUGAAGCUGCAGCUGAACGACGAGCGCGCGGCGCGACAGAACGGCGUGGCGCACCCCGAGCGCGACGUGGACUGCGAGCUGGAGGCGCUGCGCAAGGCGGCGUCCGACGCCAAGGCCCGCGCCGCGCGCGCCGAGGCCGAGGCGGCGCUGCACGCGGCCGCCGUCGUGCGCCUCGAGGCGCAGGUGGCGCGGCUGCGCGCGCGGCAGGACCACCAGGACGAGCACGAGGAGCUGCUCAAGCAGGAGCGGCGCCGCCUGCAGCGCGAGGAUGUGGUCGAUUUUUGGGCCGUUAUAAAUAAUGGUGACAGAUAACGGCGCGGGAAGCAUUAAACCGAGUUGAGGAAUUGGAAACGGAGAACAGUCACCUCACGAAACGGCUCGACAAACUCAAGAACGCAAAGUCCGCCCUGCUGAAGGACCUGUGACAAAACUGACCGUGCGGGAAAUAUUACGAAAUCAUUACAUAGUGUAACAUAGUACACGCAGACAAGAAUAUAUAAUGCCGUCGUUAUUUUUUUUGGAAAAUUUUAAGAAUUUUGUAUUAUACAAGCUAUGCCACAGAUAAUAUAUGUAAUGGUUACGCUAAAUUAUAAACCUACGACCGGUGUGUUUUCCGCUGUCUAUUAUUAUUAUUCUAUGUUAUUCAAUUUAAAAACUUAGAGCUGAGUCUGUGGUUUUUAUAAAUAAAAUAAUUUGUAUAUUUUCGAUGGUAGCGAUGAUUGUUCGAAUUUAAAUAUUUUGACGUUUUCCUUUAUCAUUUCUUGAAACAUGUUUAGUUUAAUAAAUAACAUAUUUACAAAAAUAAUAUUGAAUAUAAUAAAUCACAACAUUAAUAUGUUUAGCAAUGAACAAUACAGCAUUGAAAAGUGAUUUAUCAAUCAAUUAACAUUAUUUAAUGUCUGACAAAAAAUAUCCAUAACAUCUAAAAUAAUAUUCAUUAUAAAAAAAAAACAAACAUUUUUCAUAUUGACGAUAAUAAAUCAUAAGGAAUAUAUAUUUGUUAUUUAUAAUGAUACUAGUUUCUUUGUAAAUGUAAUUUUAUUAAUUAUUUGUAAAAAAAUGUGCAUUAUGUUUAUAAAUAUCUGAUUAUUUAUUUGUUACGCAUAUUAAUAUGUUCGUAUUACUUGUAUAGGUUCUGAAUGAUAGGGUUUUUUUAUAAUUCUAGCUUGCCCAAGUUUCGCUUUGUACUAAUCGAAAAGUUGAUAGCGAUCACAUUAUAUAUUUAACUUGCCAUUUCAAAUUUUGUUAUAUUACUAAUAUAAAUGACCCGAAUACGAAGCAAUAGAUGUAUUAAACCGCCAAGGCGACGUAGAUAAAUAUUUUAUACUGUAGUUAGAAAACUUGAGAAAAGUUCCUCGCUCUAGCCUUAAAUGUUGAACAUUUUGAGGAAUUUUUAACAAGAAUAUAUGAUCAUUAGUGUAGCCAGAGGUGCGGUUAUUGCUUGUAGGCUUAUAAAUAGUCGAAAUUAACGACUAAUUUUUACCAUACCCGCUGCCCUCGCGCCCGCCUCGGCAAUUCUGGCUACGCGAAUGUGUAAAUGAUUAAAUAAAUGUAUUGCUCAAAAUUGUACUCCAAACAUUGUGAUAGUCUGUAGCGAGUGUCACACGUCCAUUAGCGAUCUCCUUGUAACAGUAUUUCUCAAGGGAUACUUGAAUUUUAUAUCGGAAUAACGUGUAUUUAGAGUUUCUUUUUUCUUCUAAAGUUACCACAAAUUAUCUACUAAUAAUUGAAUUAUUUUCAUAUGAUAAUUUCAUUUUUAUAUUAAUAAAAUUAUUUCAACAAUAACAGUCCGCGUAAAAUGGAAACCGUUUAUUUUAUCUAUAAAUUAAGUGAUUCUUAUAUGUCAAUUUCAUUUAACUACUAAUCUUUGGUUGCGCGGUAUCGAUGUCGUAAACACAAGGCAAUUUUCUCAUUCAUAUAAAUAAUCAAUAUAUUGCAUUGCUAUAGCAUCGCGACCGUCGAUUAUUAGUUAUCUGAUACGUCGUACAUAGGAAUAGUCACGUACACAGUGCCAUGGCGCACCAAAAUGUAUUAUAGGUGUAGUUUGGUGGUCUAAUUAGUAUCGUGUAGAGAAUGAUAUUUGCGGGUAUAUUGCCUACUGUUAGUUAGAUUAUUGUUUGACAGCAUAUGCUUUGAAUAACGCAGGCGUUACCUGCCGGUUCAGACGUGAUGUGUUUUUCGAAUGUUAAAUUCUACUAGUCAAUGUGGUUAUGUUGAAAUAAAGCAUUUAGCCGAAGUAUAUACAUAUAUGUUAUAUAUAAAUAGAAAAUCGUUAUCAGUGUAAUGAUAAACCGUGAACAUUAGAAGCGUUUUAUAUAGACAUUGUCACGGUUCGACAGACUAGUUGAAUUUAACUCAUAUUCCAUAUUGACUUACAGAUUUUUUUUAUAUUAAUAUGAUCCAGAUAAAUUGUUUUAUUUGAAAAUAUUUAAAAAUAUUCAUUUAACGAAAACCGAAUAUACCUAAAUAGUUUAUGUAAUGUAUUAAAUAACAUAAAGGGAACUUUUAUAUCUUGUGAUUAUAACAUAUUAUUUGUAAUUAAAUGUAUAAUUAAUUUAGAAAUGCAAGAUAUAAUAUUUCUCUGACGUAUGUUGCGAGUUGAUUACGUGUGUGAGAAGUCGGAAUGUAAGUAAUAUAAGUAGGAAUUAUCAUUUUGUAAGUAUGAUGUAUGUAUUUUGGUGCUGCAUUACUAAUUUAUUUCUUUUUAACUGAGAAUGACAGUCUUUUUACAAGAAGCGAAACUGACUUAAAAUGAUGUAUAAAUUUGGAUACUUUGAAUAAAUUUCGCCCUCAAA